UGCGCGUGGACUGAGCGCUACGUCAGCAGUGAUACCGAAACAUGGCGGUGUCCAUAGCACAGCGCCCGGCUGCCAGCGCUCCUCUGUUGAUAUUAACUUUUCUCACAGCGUUAAUAUCACACUGCAGUGUCGCCGAUAUCUCCGCCGCUGCCCCGGCGUCCGAGGAAGCUCCUCACCGCCGCUUCGAGUACAAAUACAGCUUCAAAGGACCGCAUUUGUCUCAAACCGACGGCGGGAUCCCGUUCUGGAUCCACACUGGAAAUGCUAUUCCCAGCGCAGACCAGGUGCGCAUCACGCCAUCCCUCAGGAGUCAGAGGGGCACCGUGUGGACGAAAAACAAAGUCAACUUUGAACACUGGGAGGCCGAGGUGACCUUCAGAGUGUCUGGGAGAGGCAGAAUGGGAGCAGACGGUUUGGCCAUGUGGUUCACCACUGAACAAGGCCUUGACGGUCCAGUUUAUGGUGCCGCUGACCAGUGGAACGGAGUUGGGGUCUUCUUUGACUCUUUUGACAAUGAUGGAAAGAAAAAUAACCCCGCUAUACUCGUUGUUGGAAACAACGGCAAGCUUGUUUAUGACCACCAGAAUGACGGCAGCACACAGGCCCUCGGCACAUGUUUACGAGACUUCCGCAACAAACCGUAUCCUGUCCGAGCCAAAAUAACGUACUACAAGCAGACGCUGACGGUGAUGAUCAACAACGGUUUCACUCCGGACAAAGAGGACUACGAGUUCUGCACGAAGGUGGACAACAUGAUCAUUCCCAGCGAGGGAUUCUUUGGCAUUUCAGCCGCCACUGGUGGUUUAGCAGAUGACCACGAUGUUCUGUCCUUCUUAUUAUUCAGACUCACAGAACCCGGCCAGCAACCGCCCCCACCUGAAUCUGAGAUUCCUAAAGAAGAGAAGGACAAGUACCAGGAGGAAUUUCAGAACUUCCAGCAAGAGCUGGACAAAAAGAAAGAGGAGUUUCAGAAGGAGCACCCAGACGUCCAAGGAGAGCCAAUCGAGGACUUGUACGAGACUGUGAACGACCGGGAGAUCCGUCAGGUGUUCGAGGGUCAGAACCGGAUCCACCUGGAGAUCAAACAGCUGCACCGGCAGCUUGCCAUGAUCCUGGACGAGCAGCGUCGAUACGUUUCUGUCAUCACUGACGAGGUCGCCAAGAAAGGGACGAACGCCGAGUCAGGACAGCUGGACACGGCAGGUCAACAACAGCUAGGCUCCAUCUUAACCUCCCAGCAGGAGGUCCUCAAAAAUCUGAAUGACCUGAGAAACUCCUUUUACGAGUCCCUGAAACAGAUCGGAUCAGUCCAGCAGCAGGGUAACACGGGCGGCAUGGGAACCUACGAGACCAUUCAGCACUUCAACGACAUCAAGGAGCACCUGCACACGGUCAAGAGAGACGUGGAGCACCUGGUCCAACGCAAUGCUCAGAAUCCUGCUGAGAAGGCUGUGAAGUGCCCCGAGAUGCCUCCCAUGCCUUCCUGCUUAUCCACGGUUCAUUUUGCGAUCUUCGUCGUCAUCCAGUCAGUCCUGUUCUUCUGCUACGUCAUGUACAAGAGUCAACAAGAAGCAGCAGCUAAGAAGUUCUUUUGAUGAAAUUAAUUUCUCAAACGAAAGCGUGUAAAUGAGGGAAUGUCCAUUUUUGAUAAUUUUUGGUUUGAUUUUGUUUCAGAUUGUAAGUUAUUGUACUUGAAAAAAAUUGGUUUUGUUGAAGAAGUUUGUUUUAAUCGAUUGCAGGUAUUUUUAAUUUGAUCGGUAAAUCGUUGUGUAUGAAUGCUAACGCGAGAUGUAUCAUGUUCCUUACAGUGUUUUUUUGGUUGGUCAGAUCUUUGGAUUUUUGUUUUCAAAAGUUGAAAUCUGCCACAGUCCCAUUCCAUGAAGCUGAAACUGACAACAACAAAAAAAAGAAGCCUGUGUUUUGAAAUGUGCAAUUUUGUAUAAAAAACAUGCUGAACUCUUGGUGAUGAGAACUCAGAGCAGAUGUCUGCCUCCGUUUAUCUGUUCAGAUCGAGUCCCUCACUGCAACAAUUUACAUAAACGGAAAACACAA